GUGAUAUUAACUCCUCCAUAUUGCUGCAGACUUCCUGAGCUGGAGGUGAAAGCAAAUCGAGCCUGGAGCGACUUGUGAAGGACUUGGAUGCUAUGCUGACGGACAGUUGCCCCAUUGCUGUUGGCUGUAUCACAGCUCCCUCUCACCCAUGUUAGAUUUCUUCAGCUUUUUAGCAGCACAAAGACACAGCUGUUUCUGGGUUACAAUGGAAAAGUAUGAGAACCUUGGUCUUGUCGGAGAAGGAAGCUAUGGAAUGGUAAUGAAGUGCAGAAAUAAAGACAAUGGAAGAAUAGUCGCUAUCAAGAAGUUUUUGGAAAGCGAGGAUGAUAAAAUGGUUAAAAAAAUUGCCAUGCGAGAAAUCAAGCUGCUUAAGCAACUUCGACAUGAAAAUCUGGUGAAUUUGCUAGAAGUGUGCAAGAAGAAGAAACGAUGGUAUCUGGUGUUUGAAUUUGUGGACCACACACUCCUCGAUGACCUGGAGCUGUUUCCACAUGGACUAGAUUACAGUAGAGUUCGGAAAUAUUUAUUUCAGAUUAUAAAAGGAAUAGGAUUUUGUCACAGUCACAAUAUAAUACACAGAGACAUCAAACCAGAAAAUAUAUUGAUCUCCCAAUCAGGGGUUGUAAAACUCUGUGAUUUUGGAUUCGCUCGUACUCUGGCAGCCCCUGGUGAAGCUUACACUGACUACGUGGCAACGCGAUGGUACAGAGCACCAGAAUUGUUGGUUGGAGAUACCAAGUAUGGCAAAGCUGUGGAUGUGUGGGCCAUUGGCUGUCUGGUCACAGAAAUGCUCACAGGAGAGCCCUUGUUUCCUGGGGAUUCGGACAUCGACCAGCUGUACCAUAUCAUGAAGUGUCUGGGCAACUUAACUCCAAGGCAUCAAGAGCUGUUCUAUAAAAAUCCACUCUUUGCUGGAGUGAGGCUGCCGGAAGUCAAGGAGGUCGAACCUCUUGAAAGACGGUAUCCCAGGCUCUCUGCUGCGGUGUUAGAUUUAGCAAAGAAAUGCUUGCAGAUUGAUCCAGACAAAAGGCCAUCCUGUGCUGACCUAUUGCAGUGCGACUUCUUUAAUAAAGAUGGAUUUGUGGAAAGAUUUGCUCAGGAACUUAGGUUAAAGCUUCAGAAAGAUGCCCGGGAUCAUCCUUUGCCAAAAAAAUCAAAAAUCACCAAAAAGGACAAAGAUGAUUCUUUAGGAGAAGAAAGAAAAAUGCUUGAUAUUCAGGACUUCAACGCUGACCCAAAGAGCAAAGAUUCCAAACUGCUCAAGGUGAAAUUAUCCAAAGCUGAGCCGGAGAGAGCCGACCGAUCCUCCAACAGGAACUGCCUGUAUGACGGCGGGACCAGUCAAUUCAAAACCGUCCCUCCGACGAGCAUGAAAGACUCCAGCAGCAGCCUGGAUUACACAAAGAACCCAGGCGCGGUGAUUCCUCCCAUUGUCACACCCAAUAUGAGCAUUAACUCUGGGUUGGGAACGAUCCCCGGAAGCCAUAAUUACAGAGUCGACGAGAAGACUAAAAAAUACUUAACCCCUUUUAUAAGGCAAGGAAAACAUUCACCAGCAGGGCAUUAUAAUGUCAGCUUGAGCACAUCGGUCUCAAAUGAAAAGAACGUUCUUCAGGCAAACAAGAAAAGAUGGGAAUUCUCCAAGACAGAUGUGCGUUUGCCUGAGCUAACCUAUAACCAUCUCCCUGAACUCAAAGGAGUGGACGCUCGAAAUUCCAGAUUUGUCAAAAAGGAGAACAAAACGGUCUCAGAGUCUCGCAUCCCGUCUCUUGCCACCAUCGAUCUUCACAACCCAAGCCUGGCUUUGCAACAGAUAUCGGGAACGUCACUGCCAGAUGCUUCGGAAGCCGGCUUCCCUCGAGUAGAACGCUAGCCCGGAGAAGAACUGAGCAAUGGGGGUAACAUGUAUUACUUUCUGCAGCUUAGCCUCUUGUUGCCUUUCAAAAAGAACAGUCGACAAGGGCUGGUACCUUUUGUGGGUUCACUGAAGAAAGAGCCUUCCAAUGUUCGAUAUCACCGUUCGCAGCAUACUCAUCUUUAGAACGUGUUGUGCUGUUGCCAAGCAGGUGAGACCAGUGCAUGACUUUGUGAAUGGGUCCCUUUUCCUGCAUUGUGCUGUGUAGUUCCAUUCAUGUGCAUCUUGAUCCGAGGUGGAUUUUUUGGAAAACUGACUUGAGGUGGUAGGCGCCAGAGAGGAGGCUGGAAUGCAUUGUGGAGUUGUGUGUAUCUCUCUUGAAAAGAUGGUUAUCCAACAGAAAAUAUAAAUCAGUGUGUUAGGAUACUGACUAACUCCUGGCCUGGGGAGAAGAGCUGUGCCAACAGCAUGCAAUUUGUCCCUUGGACCCCUUAACGCCAUUCAUCUGAAGAAAUGGGUUGUGCCCACGGAAGCUCACGAUACCAUCUACAUGUUUUCUUAGACUCUAAGGUGCUGCAAGACUAUUUGUUGUUUAAGCUUAUUCUGUUACAGACUAGCACGUCUAUCCCUCUGAAGCAUACAAUUCUGUUAUCGAGUAGUAAACUAUUUUUCAUUUAACCCCCCGGUGCCUAUAUACCUAUGGCCAGUUGUGAGCCCAGUGCAUCAGUAAGAAAACAGGAUUACCAACAUUUAUGAGCCAAGAAAAGGUAGUAGCUCCUGGCUACUACAGGUAGUAGUGACUACACUUGAACUUUUUUAAAGAAAAAGAGAAUACUGGCAAAUUCAACAGACCCAAAAGACUGAUAUAUGGGAAACUUAGAUAACAGAAGAAAAAGAAUCACUGACUACAUGUUAAAGAAACACUGUCACCAUAACAAUUCUAAUUGGAAAAAUGUGUCAAUGUGCUAUUGAUAAUGUCUACAUUUAAAUGUUAAAACUGAAUGAAUUUUAAAAAUCUAAUAUACUGUUUGCCAUUUGCUUACUGUUGUCAUUUCACUAAUUUUGGGUAGUGAAACUUCAACUGCACACUUUCCUCCUGACUGGUUCCCAGGCUCUGGCAUAGAGCUGAUGUCUUUUGAUUACCAACACUACAGGAAAUCUGUUUAAAGGUUAAUAAAUCAUGUUUUUGUGAAAUCUUUAUAAAUCAGUAUAGCUAUUUGUGUGUUUUGGUAAUAACCUGUUAAUAUAAAACACUAAUUUUGCUUCUAAACUACUGACAACCUCUCUAAAGUAUCAACUGUCUGAAGAUAAAUAUUUGUGUUAACUGCAUAUCCUUAUCUAUAUACUUCACCCCUCUCAACAACCUCCUGCAAAUACUGACCCCGCUCCUGAAUGCGAUACUGGGAAGGGCUAAGGUAAUACUGGAUAUAAAAUUCACUUCAGGGAUUGUUACCAUCCAAGAUCAAUUAAAUCAAGAGAUGUCUCUGGAGUUUAUAUUGAGAAUAUUUGAAUGGUCUAUGAUUCUGUAGCAUUAGUGCCUGUAAAUUGUUGAAAUGGAUCUGACAGUAGCUUAAAGAAACACCAACAAGUUAAAAUCCAGUCAGUUAAGAGAAGUGCGUGAAAACUAAUUUCUGGUGUUUCCACUCUACCAGCUGUUUUAUAGUUGCAUUUUCCUAUUUGUGUGUUGUGUGUUGGAGGUGUUUUUUUUUAAAUGUUCUUUCUUGUUGAGGAAAAGACUUGCACAAAUAAGGGAAACGGACUUUGCAGAGAGAAUGGUACGAUGCUGUCAAAUGCACAAAGUAAACAAACUGCAAACAGGAAGAAAUUAUGUUUGCUGACUUUCUGAUGUAACAAUCUUUUUAUAUGUUAUAACUGGGAUUCAGUGGAUGAGAGACUGCUGGGGACGUGGCACUCUUGAAAAGCUUAUUUAACAAGAACUUUGCCUAACUUUUUAAGCUAAUACCUUUAUAAAGUCCUCACCAUGUCGGAUACAAACUAUUAAGAGAAGCAUGAAUUUUAUAUUGACGUCCCUGUCUUUUUUUUUUUUGGCAGGUUGAGGGUCUUUUAUUUUACUUUUCGUUAUGACUCAAUUUUCUGACUGCCUUAGUUUGUUUAACUCAGAAGUCCUAGGUGCAUUUUUUAAAUGACCUCUCAAUGUAUGUAAUGUAAAUGGUGUGUGCAAGUUUCUGUCCAAAAGGAACAUUUAUUUCUUAUUUUGUCCAAAAGAAAAAGAAAAAUUGUUCUAUUCUGUACAGAUUCUUAUACCGUACUUGUUGUUGUAGUUGUGAGCACCGUCUGCUUUGUGCAUUAAAGGAUGUGACUUACA